UCACGUGUGCGGCGAGGCAUCCAAUGGUCGUGCAGACGGACUGUCCUGAGUUGCGAAGUCCUGUGUUUCUCUCACGGCGCUGUUUCACCAAGUUUGUACGCGGAAUCAGUCGCGGACUCUUCUGGACUGUUCUGGACUGAACCGAGGCCAUGGAUGAGGACGGCCCCCGGUCUCUGUGCGGACCCUGUGAGGAUGAGGACGGCCCCCCGUCUCUGUCCGGCCUGUGUGUGGAGUGCGUGUGCCGUAACCUGCAGGCUCUAUGCAGCGUCCGCUCUGAUGGCUCUCUGCAGCUCAGCUCCUGUCCAGCGUUUCCUCAGGAGCUCUCUGACCUCCUCAUUCACACCAUGGUCCAGCAGGGUGUGCUGGAUGACCGAACCCUCGGUGUGUUCAGAGGUACUGAGUGUUUGCACCUGAAGCGAGUGAGUAUCCGCUCCUGCCGUCUCUCUGCUGAUGCUUUCCGCAAGGCUCUCUGCUCCCAUCGCCUCAAGGAGCUAGACGCUUCCCGUCUCCGUGGCGACAUCACCGUCUCUGACAUCCUGCAGGGUCUCUCAUCCAAUCAGCAAUGCCGGCAGAGCCUCCAGAGGCUGACCUUGACUGGACUGGAUCUCCUCAGCUCGAGCUCAGACCCCAGCCUGAGCUUCAGCUCACUGCGGGCUCUGCGGAGUCUCGGUGUGGCCUGGACGCAGCUGGACGACUCGGGGCUGGAGGAUAUCUGCUCACUCCCCAUGCUGGACAGUCUGGAUAUAUCUGGGACAGCCGUUACUGACCUGACUCCUUUGCUGAACCUGAAGACUCACCUGUAUUCCCUCACUGCCCACGGCCUACAUCCCCUGGACAUGUCCACGGCCAGCCUCCUUUCCAUCCUCUCCAAUCUAGAGCAGCUCAGACACCUGGACAUCUCCAACGACCGACUGGACACAGACAGCGAAAUUCCUGCUGUGGUGCUGCAGCUGCUGGAGCGUCCGCAAAUCCUCCCAGCUCUGGAGUCUCUGGACGUGUCCGGCUGGUCUGGGGUCAGCGAUGCUGUGUUGAAGCCGUUUUUGGAGGCCCGGCGGGGGAUGAGGUUUUUAGGUCUGCUGGCCACCGGAGCUGGAGCCUCCGACUUCCUGUCUGGAGAAGGAAAUCUGAAGGUGGCUGGAGAGUUUAAUCUCACUCAGCUGUGUGAGGCUCUGAGGCGCUACAGAGAGAGAGAAGUCCUCCUGCAGAGGGCGCUGCUCCACCUCCACAACCUCACCAACCAGCUGGACAUCGGCUCCCAGCCGGACGUCCUGAAGCUGGUGUGUGCUGGAAUGCAGACACAUUCAGGGUCUGUCGGCGUUCAGCUCGUAUCCACAGCCUGCGUGUUCAACCUGACCAAUCUUGAGCUGGCGGUGAGCAUGCCCCUCAGACUGCUGGGAAAUGUAGUCCAGCAGCUCAUCACAACCAUGAAGAACUUUCCCAACCAUGAACAGAUCCAGAAGAAUUGCCUGCUGGCCUUGUGUAGUGACCACAUUCUUCAGACUGUUCCCUUCAACAGGUAUGAGGCCGCUAAGCAGGUGAUGACGUGUCUGAGCCUGUAUGAAGAUCAGACUCUACAGAGGAUGUCCGUGGCUGUCGUCUCCUUACUGGUGUCCAAGCUGAGCGUGGAGGAGAUCGGCCACCUGGGGGCAGAAGAGUUCAUCAUAAAGCAGUUGCUGAGUAUUGUCCAGCAGAGGGCGUCAGUGGGAGCGGUGGACUCCACGCUAAAGUUCGCUCUGAGCGCUCUGUGGAACCUCACUGACGAAACUCCAAAGGCCUGCAGAAUAUUCCUGCAGAACCAGGGACUGGAGCUCUAUACAGAACUACUGGAGACAUAUUUCUUUGAUUCCAGUGUCCAGCAGAAAGUUUUGGGUCUGUUGAAUAACAUGGCAGAGGUGGAGGAUCUGCGUGAGUGGCUGAUGGAGGAGGAUCUACUGAAAUAUAUUCUGGCUCUGCUGCACAGUCCAGUUGUAGAAGUGGGGGUCAGCUACUUCGCUGGGGGAGUUCUGGCCAAUCUGACAUCCAGCAGACGGCCUGAGUGGAGACUAGAUGCCGAGCUCCGCAACACCAUCCUCAACAAACUGCAUUCCUCAGUGAUAUCAUGGACUCCUCCGGAUCAUGAAAUGGUUUCCUACCGGUCGUUCCAGCCCUUCUACCCUCUCCUUGAUUGUUCUCAGCCAUCUGGAGUGCAGCUCUGGGCUCUGUGGGGCAUCCAGCUUGUUGUUCGGCAAAGCGUGUCUGAUUACAGCACUUUGCUGGAAAAUGAAGGAGGUUUACAUAAACUGAGAGAUUUGAUCUCUGACCCCAGCAUCCACACAGACGUUCACUCACUCGCCUUGAACAUACUCUGCCUGGUGGAGACUCAACAGAACUGCAGAACUGCAGAACUGUAGCUGAGGGACCCUGUGUCAGGUGGAGGUCCAGGUUUGCAGUGUCUGGAGCCGAAUGGUUCUUUUGGUGCCGAGUUUACAGCACAUGAAGGGAUCGAGCAUGAAGUUUAACCCAUUAAUGUCUGUGUGAGAAAUGUUACAUGUUUUUAGUCUGUAUGUUUUAUUACUUAAUUUAUUGUUAUUUAAAUUUAAUUGUGAACCAAAGGACGACGAUUACACAAUCAUGAAAAAGUCAAAAAGGUACAGUUAUAUAAUCAUCGGGGGUUUAACUGACCCCAACCCCUAGACCAUUGAGAACAUGAUCUGUGGUGUUUUUCCUCAUGGACAUGAACAGAUUUCAAACAGUAGAUUUUAAUGUAAAAAGAUUUACAGAGCUUUAAGCUUUCGUUUUGUACUAGAAUCUCAUGUUUGUGUUUUAAAUAUGAAAAUUUAGCCGUAUCACACACAUUCACUGUGUUACCUUUUAAAACAAGAAUAAAAAAUGCUGUUAGUGUGUUACACGAGCUAUUAUCACAGUCAGUGACGUCAACAUGUUUCCCUGAAAGGGCAGAAAAAACUGGUCACUAAACUCAACAGAAGCGAAUGGGCUUCAUAAACUGCAGGACACAGAUGAAGGAAGCUGAGACAGAUUAGCCUAAAAACCACUGAAGUACUGCUUUAAUUUCAGAUGCGUUUCUGCUGAGUCAGCGCUGCUUUCGGCUGUGUGGUCUUAUUUGUUGGAAGAUGAAUUCAAUUCAGUUGAACUUCAUUGUCAUUAUGGAUAUAUGGGGGUACAGUAUAAUGAAACACAUUCAGGCUAUUUGUUCUGUACAAAGUUGAAUGUGCUGACAACAAAAUCACACAAUCUGUAAAUACUGUAAAUAAAAAAUCUGUA